UUGCAGCCCUCGCCAGCUCAUAAUCAAGUUGUUGGUUGCCAGCCCUGCUAGUUUUUUUAGUUGGCGAUUUCAGACACACACGCAAGUUGUAGUGCUUUUUACGGCUAUUUUGUUUUUUGGAAAUGUCCCACCACAGCGAUGAUCAGCUUCUGCAGGCUGGAAGUGAUUCCUUUUGGGAACCCGGCAAUUAUAAACGCACCACCAAACGUAUCGAAGAUAGCUACAAACUCUGCAAUGACCUACAGCAACUGAUACAGGAGCGCGCUGAUAUUGAGAAGGGAUACGCUAAAAGCUUGCGGGCCUGGUCAAAGAAAUGGGGUGAACUCAUUGAAAAAGGGCCCGAAUAUGGCACCACAGAGGCAGCCUGGAAGGGAGUAUUAACUGAAUCGGAACGUUUAUCGGAUGUGCAUAUGAAAAUCAAAGAUAAUCUCUGCAAUGAUGUCAACAGUCAGAUUAAAACCUGGCAAAAGGACAAUUACCACCACACGCUGAUGCAGAUCAAGGAGCGCAAGGAUAUGGAGGAUCUAUUCAAGAAGGCACAGAAACCAUGGGCCAAACUCUUGGCCAAAGUGGAGAAGGCCAAAGCCGAUUAUCACUCGGCAUGCAAAACGGAACGCAGUGCUACCAAUCAAGAGCGCAACGCCAAUGCGGACAGCUCACUGUCGCCAGAUCAGGUGAAGAAGAUGCACGAUCGCGUGCAGAAGACCAAAGAUCAGGUGCAAAAGUGCCGAGAGAAAUACGAGCAGGCUAUUGGCGAAAUAACCAAAUACAAUUCCGUUUAUAUUGAGGAUAUGACAUCCGUGUUUGAGAAGUGCCAAACCAUGGAGAAGACGCGACUGCAAUUCUUCAAGGACGUUUUAUUUAAUGUGCACGCGUGUCUCGAUCCGACCAAAGUGCAAAGCCUGCCCCAAAUUUAUGAAGAGUUUUAUCAUACAAUUAACAAUGCGGACCAACAAAAGGACUUGAAAUGGUGGUCAAAUAAUCACGGCAUUAACAUGGCCAUGAACUGGCCAGCAUUUGUGGAAUACACGGAGGAAUUCCGUGAUAUUGCCAAGGGCAACAAAUCAAAAGAGGCGUUGCCUGCUGCCCCCAUAACGCUUAUUAAUCAGCGACCUGUUGCCGAGGAUAUUCAUGAAUACCCAACAACAAACAGUCUGAAGAAGAACGCGAGCGUUAAUAGUAAAGCGAGCGGCAAGAGCAACCAGCAGGAACAAUCAAUAACUCAAACCUCUGCCACAACAGUCGAAAGCAAAUCAACGGUGUCGACAACAGCCGCCGGCGCUGCAACAGCAACAGCGGCAGCAUCGACGGCAACAGCAGCGGCAACGUCGGUGGCAGCAUCGAAUCGCAAUCCGAGCGUAACCAAUGGCAACGGCAAAGUCGAAUCAAAUCCAUUUGACGAGGAGGAGGAAUGGGAUGAGGCCGACAAUGUGCUGGUCGACAACGGUGAGCCGGGUGUGCCGGUGAAGGCGUUAUAUGACUACGACGGCGCUGAAAGCGACGAGCUCACAUUUAAGCAAGGUGAAGUUUUUGAGAAACUGGAGGAUGAGGAUGAACAAGGCUGGUGCAAGGGACGCAUGAAUGGACGUGUGGGAUUGUAUCCGGCAAAUUAUGUGGAAAUCUUUCAUUCAUAAGCAGUGCAUUUGGGCGGGAGGUAUUAGUGAGUUGAGCUAACAUAGAGAAUAUAUAGAGAUACCGAUAAUACAGUUACAGUAUGUACUACAGUAAACGCGUCGUUGAUGAAAUUAUUAUCAUAUGUAUUAGAAUUUGUUAUGAGCAAUCGCUCACACUAUGGUGUGGCAUCUUAUGUAUUAGGCAUUCAGUUUGUAACGAGCAAAGGCAACCCAACCUACCAACAAACAAACAAGCAAACAAACAGAAAAACAAAAACAACAACAUUACAUAAAACUCACCCACAGUAUAUUUAAAAAAAAAAGAAAAAUAAUAAAAGUAGUAGAUGAAACAGGCAAAACAAAAGAUAAUUUAGAUGAAAUGUCAAAAAGAACAACAAGAGUGUAAACGUCAAUGUAUGAAAUAAUAUUACAAACUAUUCAUAUGUAUUUAUGCUAUAGCUAAACUGAAAUGAUCCAUCUUUUUUGAUGAAGUGCGCGCAUUUUUUACUAGAGGUUCCAACUGGCUGUUACCUUUUGAGGCCAGCUGCGGCCUGCGUACACC